CAGUAUUUGUGUUGCCACACCACCUUUACAUAGCAAGUCUUUAACAAAACCAUUCCUCUACCAACCCCAUGUCUCCUCUCCAAUAUAAUUCCCAAAUUCUGCACUCUGCAAAUUCUGUUCAUCAUCAAUUGGUAUCUCCACCACAAACUCUGACAUUCUCCAAACUCCAUCACUCCACAACACAGUUUCUUCCAUCAUAUUCCUCCCUGGCAGAUUUGGUUAGGCUUCCUUUUGUUUACUGUGAAAUUGAAGAGUCUGAGGGAUUUCCUGACAGUUACAAAAUAACAAAAAAGGAAGAGGGCCCGAAGCAAAAGUUUGGGCACCUUGCAUGGCAGCACUUAGUAACACCCCCUUUGGUGGACACAAUCUCAUUGGCUUUCCACUUGCCUUUGGAGCACCGAGACAGCAGUAAAUCAUACAUCAGGUUGCUGCUUAUCAAUUACAGCCCGGCUUUCAACACAUCCAUCCCCUCAGUGCUAAUCAACAAGCUUCAAAACCUGGACCUUCCAAGCCUCAAGUUCCGAGCAAGGAGAACACUCACAGGAAUGGAAAUACUGGUGUGGUCUCCCCCUACCCUGCUGUGGCACGUCUAUUCUUCAGAAGGAAUGGGCAAAGACAGCAGGUCACAUGACUGCAACAAGCCAGGUCUCCUGUGUGCCAAAGUUGGGAGUCCUGAAGGUGUAUGCUAG